AAUGUUCUCCUUGUGUCCUCUGCUAGCAUUACCACCAGCAUUGACAACAACACACACUCCAAAUGGGACAGAGAAGCCCAUUGAAUUUAAUGUGACCUUCACAAUCACCAACCUUGAGUUUACACAAAGUCUACAAGAUUCCAGUUCCUUGCUUUUCAGUUCUGCAUCAAAUAUUAUUUCUCACCAGCUCACUGCCCUGUUCACCAAGAGUAAAAUUAAUGAAACAUUUUUACAUUGCAAUGUUGUUUCCUUCAGUGUGGCAAAUGUUGCCAACACCAGCGUGUAUUCACUCUGCACGUUUAGAAAUGAUUCUACGCAGGAUGUUGACAGGGUCACUGUGUACCAUGAAUUCAGAGACAACACCAACAACAUCUCCACCUUAGGGGUCUACUCACUGGACAAUAACAGCCUCUACGUAAAUGGUAUGGACAUUUAA